CCGAGCAGUUUUGAUCUGAAAGUUGAUGGCAAGACAGAUCUGUGUACGAAAAAUGAAGAUAUCAAUUUCGUUUUGGCGGCAUUCGCAGUUGAAGGUAUCCUGAGAAGUGGCAAUGGUGGUGGGCCAGCCGACGUGGCAUUAACUCUCAGUGCUGAAAAUGGCUCAGUGAUAGCUGAAACACGAACAGUAUCAACUGCUAAUGAUAGUACGGAGUGUAUUGAACGCGGUAAAGUACCGGUAACUGUUAGCACAUCACCAGUUCGCGUUCAACCUGAUUUGAAAAUAUCCGGACAUUUGCUGACAGUGACUGUUAAAUCAAAGAAUCUCCAAGUUGCCGGUACAUCAGUGUCACUUUACUCAAACACAGCUGUCAAGUUACCAUAUUGCGAUGAAAAAUCGGAUAAGGAAGCUUCGGGAUCCUCAGGAAUGCUUGUUUGUAAGCUAAAAACUGAUAGCAAUGGCAUUGCUCGUUUCCCAUGCCUUCCACCUGGCUCAUACAACAUUCAGCCGUCAUUUUCAACCGACAAACUUCGUUUUAGUUUUUCGCCUAAAACAAAAGAAGUUACUAUGGGCUCAGCAGCUGAAAAGGUUCUUCUUUCUUUCUCUCUUUCUUCAGUAGGACAUUAG